CACUGAGCGACAGAUGUGAGGUUAAACACACACAGACGGAGGGUGAAGUCUCUGCUUCUCCACUGAACCUUUCCGUGACACCCGCUUCGCUUUCCAGCCACAACGGGAGCCGAUUUCCUGCAGUCAGGCCGGCGAGUUUGUGCAUUCUAGAAAACUCUUUAUUUAUUUAUUUUCCUGUAAAGUUCGCCCCAGGGUAGUGUGAGCAAGCUGGAUUCCCGGAGCCCUUCACCAUGUCAGGCGGGCUAUAGGUACUCCAUGGAGCAAGCAAACCUGUACGAGGCAGCCCCUCGGCCCCUGGUGACGAACCUCGCCCAGAGCGUGCAGAACGGCUACGGCUACAAGGACGACCUGACCGCGAUCUGCGAGAACGAGAGCUCCAUCGAUAUCAGCGCGUACAUCGACCCGGGCGCGUUUAACGACGAGUUCCUGGCUGACCUGUUCCACAGCAGCGGCGGCGCGCGUCUCGAGAAGCUCAAGCUGGCGAACGGCGGUGACUACGAGUACGGCCACGGUCUGGGACUCGGCGCGGCCGGGCCGCAGCACCCGUAUGGCUGCGCGGUGGCGAACUACGGCGACUCGUCCAAACUCGAGCCCAUGUACGAGGCGCGCAUGAGACCCGUUGCGAUCAAGCAAGAGCCGCGCGAGGACAGCGACCUCGGAGAGCUCGGGCACGCGCCGCAGUCCGGCGCCUACCACCACCACCCGCACAACCAGCACCACCCACACCUGUCGCACCUGCAGUACCAGAUCGCGCACUGCGCGCAAACCGCCGUGCACCUGCAACCGGGUCACCCGACGCCUCCGCCCACCCCGGUGCCCAGCCCGCACCACCAGCACCAGCACCAUCACCAGCAGCAGGGCGGCCUCUCUGCCAAAAUGAUGGGCACAGGCGACAGGCCCAAAUCUAAGAAGCACGUCGACAAGAACAGCUCCGAGUACCGGCUGCGGCGCGAGCGUAACAACGUGGCCGUGCGCAAGAGCCGCGACAAGGCCAAGAUGCGCAACGCCGAGACGCAACAAAAAGUCAUCGAGCUCGCAUCGGACAACGAGAGACUGCGCAAACGCGUCGAGCACCUCACGCGCGAGCUCGAGACUUUGCGGGGCAUCUUCCGGCAGCUCCCCGACGGCUCGUACGUCAAAGCCAUGGGCGGCUGCGCCUAACAGACUUACAGACAUAAUUAUUUUUUCUAUGUUAUUAUUUUUUUUCCUUCCUUUCUUUUUUUUUUUUUUUUUUUUUUGAAGUCCUGCUAUUCCUAUAGCGUCCGCUGGAUAUGUACUAGAUGUCACAGAUCAUAAUUACUGAAACUGUUUCUAUACAGAAGCCAGGCAGCUGCCGUCUACACGUGCCUUUUUUUUGUAUCCCCCCCCAAAGCCACCCGAAAAAACUCAAUAAGCUCCUCUUUGGACUCGCGUCCUCCAUGUGCGAAACGUACAAUCAGCGCAGCUCCUGUUAGGGCAUGACUUCACAUCAGCAGCAGUUGUAUUUAAAAAAAAAAAAAAAGUGUACUUAAAAAAAAAUAAUAAAAUAAAUAAGUACUAACUUUUCUUUAGGGCCGAAAUGUCUAACAUGUGCCCUGUUGAACUGUAAGAACUGCACAAGGCUUCUCCAAAAGCGUAAAAAGUGCACUGAUGAAAAAGAAAAAGGAAAAAAAAAAAACAACACCCAAAAAACAAACAAACUGCUAUUCCUAUUCCAUGUUUUAAGAUGUUGUAUGUUGGAAUUUGUCUACACAUGGACUGAAAACGACAUGCCAAAGCAAAGGACUGGAACACAACAGGCUACAUUCCAAUCCGCCUACUACAUACCAUGCCAAAACUGUGCAGAACUGGUCAUUUAUAGUGGAGCAGUACAUUAUAUUUUGCUUACUAUUUAGUGCCAUAAUGUGCGGUUUGGGAAGUAGCCAAAUCUUCAAACUCAAACUGGUGUCUGCCCUUCAGCUCGUAUGCACUAUGAGUCCUGAGACUGAACGACCCGAAGAAGCACAUUACAAAAUUUUUUUUUUUUUUUUUGGCUCUGAAAAUUUGCUAUACGCUCGGGUACUGAUGUGGAGGGCGCGCGCGCGUGUAUGUGUGUAUGUAUGUAUAUGCGUUUAUGUGUGUGUGUGUGUGUGUGUGUGUGUGAGAGAGAGAGAGAGAGAGAGAGAGAGAGAGAGAGAGAGAGAGAGAGCGCUUUUUUUUUUUUUUUAACAGUCCAAACUUUGUAUUUAUGCAGCAGAAUUGAGAUGAAAUGUGAAAAAGGUGCCUCUAUGCAAUGGCUGUUUGCAUGAUAUAUGUUUUUUUUCUGCAGUGAAAGUGCUCUGUAGCCUAUAUUUUCUUUUUUUUUUUCUUUUUUUAAAUUUUUGUUUCUGUGUAGGAUCCAAUCCAAUCUCAGUGCCUUUUAACUUCUCCAUCAUCAUCAUCAUCAUCAUCAUUGGGAGAAAUGUUUCCCACCUUUUUUUUUUUUUUUUUUUUUUUAAAAGUUAAAUAUAGGCUACAACAAAGAAAAAGCACUUUUUUUGUUUUAAAAAAAGACCACAAGAAAAACAUCAGCCACCAUAUUGCAAAUGUUAUAUGAAUGUUUGUUAUUGAAAUACGUCUCAAAUGUAAAACCAACAUUAUAUAUAUAGAUAUGUAUAUACACACACACACACACACACACACAUACACACACACGCCAAAAAUUUUUACAAAUUAUAAUAAAAGAACAUGGUGUUAAUAAGAA